GGCUGCACUAUUAAAUUAUGAAGAGAGCAGAAACAUCUGGAUGCGAACUGCAUAUUCCUUGUCGUCGGGCCGGCAUUACUGGAGAUGGUUGCCUGCGGCCCGUGUCCUCCCAUGCGUGACGUCCGGCCCCGCUUUCGUCAUAUCCAAAGCUCCGAUGGCAUCCUUAUAUCUCAACAUUGCGUGCUCUGACUACGUCUAAAUACACUCCACAGCUUCGAAUCGUCCCGCUACCUGUUCACCUUCAGCAAACAUCUAGCACGAUCGCAGCUCUAUAUCAAUUGAUCAUCUACAUCUUCACCAAACACCCAGCACAAUUUCAGAAACACCACCAUCAUGGCCCUCGCACCCAAGUUCGCUGGCCAAAAGCUCGCCUCCAGUGCAAUCCAACCCAAAGCUAUUCAUACGCUCGAGCUCUACCUCGACUACGUAUGCCCCUUCUCUGCCAAGAUGUUCAAAACAAUUUACGAGACCCCUCUCCGCAAGACACUUCUCGAGAAAUACUCUGACCGCGUCGUCACCAUCUUCCGACAACAAAUCCAACCCUGGCAUCCGUCCUCUACCCUCGUCCACGAGGCUGCCUAUGCCGUACAAAAGGUCGACAGUUCAAAGUUCUGGGACUUCUCACAAAAGCUAUUUGCCCAGCAGAAAGACUUCUUUGACGUAAGCCUGGUCAACGAAACGAGGAACGCGACGUACAAGCGACUGGCCAAGAUCGCCGGCUCUGUGGGUGUGGAUGAAGGCAAGGUUUAUGGACUGUUGGAAAUAAGCGACAAGCCUGGCGAGGACGGGGCGCUGAACUCAGGAAACGGGGUUACGGAUGAUGUCAAAGUGCAGGUGAAAGCGAAUCGACUGACGGGUGUGCAUGUCACUCCUACGGUUGUAUUCAAUGGAGUAGUGAACAACGAGAUUAGCAGUUCGUGGACGGCGGAGCAGUGGGAAGAAUGGUUGGAGAAGAAUGCCAAGUGACUACAUGACGGCAUUAGUGCGGACCUCACGAAAGGGAGAUUGUAAGGACACGAUCAUCGCAUCUUGGGAAUCCAAAGUCAUAUCCUAGCCUGCGUUAUGCAAACCAUGUUAUCUUGAAAGUUUCGUAAUACUGGAAGUGCUACUUAAAGUACGGAGUAUAUGUUACAAAGAUGUGGCUUCCAUGUAGGUCACAAGUGGUAUUACGAACAGUGCCACUCCAUCGCGUCGUCAAUGGCUCGUCUCGCUCGGCAUCGUCGCACUACUGUUAGUAAACCGCCCAAGUGUCACUUUUCAAGUGGUUACCGUGCGAUUUGCGGAAGCUGUAAUUGGCUCAUCGUCUGUGGACCACCAUUGAUCCUGGGUAAGACAACCAAAAUAUGGCUACGUCGACGUGAUGGCCGUGUGAGUCAAGGUGAUUAUAUACUGCGAAUAGUGUUCAAAGACUGAGAAGCAGACG